UUAAGAAGCAGGUAGAACGUGGAAGGCCAUGACAUCUCUCUCUCAAAGUCUCCCCCUUUUCCUUCUUUUCCUCUUUAAAAUCCAUUAGUUGAAGAUUCAGUUCUCGGGAGGUUCGUUCUUCUGCUCAGUGAUUGCGCCCACCUUCCCUCCAUUGCUUCCAUUCCACAACACAACCCAUCUCAUCAUUUUUGGGCACGCCCCCCUUUCUGGGUCCAUCAUUUUUCACAUCUUAAAUCUCACCCAUCACUGUUCCCUCUUACCCAAGAUCCAAAAUCUGUAAAUCCAAUCUUCAUUUCUCCAAAUGAUUCAGCUACUCUUUACGGUGAUUCUAUCGGAGAUGCUUCUCAUAUUGCUCUUCUCCUUCAAAACCCCUUUGAGGAAGCUUGUGAUCUUGACCGUCGAUCGCCUGAAGCGCGGACGUGGCCCUAUUAUGGUGAAGACUGUCACCGGAACCGUUCUUAUUGUUCUGCUUUCCAGUGUUUACAGUAUGGUUACGAUCCGGAAGCGUUGGAUCGAUGACGGUGCCGUCAACCCCACCGAUCAGGUUCUCAUGGUCAAGCAUCUUCUCGAGGCCACGCUCAUGGGGGGCUCUCUAUUCCUGGCACUUAUGAUUGAUAGAUUACAUCAUUAUAUGAGAGAGCUGCGUCUACGGAGGAAAGGCAUGGAAGCUAUCAAAAAGCAGAGCAGAGUGAUGGAGGACGGGAAAGUUAGCAAGUCGGAGGAGAUCAAGGCAUUGGAAGAAGAAGGGACUACCCUGCAGACAAGACUCAAACAGUUGGAAUUGGAACUUGACUCAAAGACCAAAGAUAUAACUACUUCAGAAGCCAAUGUAGUUGCUCUAAGGAAGCAAUCUGAAGGGUUGCUGCUCGAGUACGACCGUUUGCUCGAGGAAAAUCAGAACCUUCGGAGCCAGAUACAAUCUAUAGAUCACAGAUUGUCUCGAUCGGGAAGCAAGAAGAAUUCCUAAGGAAUCCCAUAUUGCUUAAUGAAUUUCACUUCAAGCUUUGUGCUUCCAUUUCCCCUCGUAUUAUUUAGGACCUAGAUACUCCAUGAUGGGUUGCUGAUGGCUGUUUACUUCUAUAUGCACAAUGGCAAAAGAAGAUGGGAUUUUUGGCUUGUUGUCUCUGUUUAAAGUAGGAAGGUAAAACACUGAAACAAGAUUGGAUUUUAUUAAAAAGAAAAUUUGUGAUAAGUUCAGGUUUGUAAUAGAAUACACCUUGUCUGCUUCUGUCA